AUGACCCGCGCCCCCUGCACCACCAGCGCCACCACCGCCGCGGAGCUGCCGUCUGGCACCAGCGUGCGGCGCGCGCAGGGCGCGGCGGCGACUGGAGGUGAGGACCCCUCCACGGCGACGCAGGCGGUGAGGACCAGGGGGACGGAUCCGGUCGGGGAGGGCGGGGCGCGCGGACGUGCAGCGGCAUUGCUUUCAUCUGCGUCAGCACGAAGGCGGGCUAACGCCAGCGGGCCCGCUCAAGGAAGGCGCCAGUGGCACCACUCCUCGGCCGUCCUGGGGCCCUCCAGCGCGGGCGCCCCACCCCGAUGCCUCCAUCGCCGAGCCUCCCGCGGGCUGCCCGUUCACGUGUGUGCAGGCUUCCCCCCCUAUCCCCCAGCUUCAGCUUUCGCUGUGGCACGCCACACUUGA